AUGCGGCGCGCCUACCGGCUGGAGGACUUCCUGUGGACGGGGUCCGGCGACGGCGCGCUGCCCCCACAGGGGCCCGGCGCCUCCGCCGCCCACGCACCCGCCACGACCACCGUGUUCCGCACCACCACCGUGCUCACCACCGUCUUCCCCACCAGCACGCCCACGCUUGUGGUCGUCGUCGUUACCAGCUCGCCAGUAGUUAGCCCGCCCGACCCCGGCUGGACGGCGGAGCAGCGCUACUGGCUGCUCACCGUGGUCAAGCAGCCCCCUGGCCGGCCGCCGCCCACGCUGCGGGAGCUCGAGGCGCGCCUCGCUCGCCUCUACCGCAUCGCCUUCGACAGGCAGCAGGAGCGGCACCUGGGCCUGGUGAACGCGUCGGCGGCGGCGCCGGCGGGACGGCUGCGGCGGGCGCCGGCCGGGCCGGUGUCGGUGCGGCUGCUGGAGGCGGCGCCGCUGGCCGGCGACGACGCGCCGCUGCGCCUCGUGUACGCCGUCAGCGUGGGCGGCCGGCCCGUGCCCGCCGUCGCCGCCGCCUACGACAUGCGGCUGCUCUCCGACGCCGAGGUGUCCGCCGAGCUGGGCAUGCCCGUGCUCACCAAGGCAGAGCGUGAGUCCGCGCCUCGGCCACAUCCCGCUGCCGCCGCUACUGUCCGCAGCCUGGCUUCUGCACUCACACACCGCGCCGCCCACGCUUCUCACGACGCUACGAGGAAAAUGCUCGACGCGCAGGCGCCCGGUGCUGGCGGCGCAGACAACAGGGCCUUCGUGGACUCGGAGGGCGCGCAGCGCACGGAGGAGCGCGCUGAGGAGAGCGGCCGCCGACGCCCUUCGCCGCGCCUGCCCGGGGUGGCGCCGCCCCCGGGUCCUCCGCCCCCAGUGGCCGCCUCUGUCCGCGAGGAGCAGACGCAGACUCCGCGGCGGCCCGCCAGUGGCUCCAGCGGCUCCAGCAGCGGCGCCUGCUCCUCUGCCAGGGCCUCGCUAGUCCGGCGCCGCGCCCAGCCGGCGCACCACCACCGGAAGCACCGCCAUCACCACGACCAGCACCACCGCCGGCGGCAGGCGCAGGAGCAGCAGCAGCAGGCGGUAGAAGGAGCUGCGAAGAAGCGGCCACGCCCCGCCGCAACGAGUGUGGAGGAGCCGGAGGCGGAGGACAUGGCGGACAAUGGGGCUCACCCAGUGGGCGACGACGCGGCCGCAGACGUGCCGGAGGACCUGCCGGCGCAGCUCGUCCGGAUCUCCAGCGCUGUCAGCCCCAACUCCUUCCUCUCCAUGCCGUCCAUUAAGGCUUUCCCCAGGGGUGCCAACAUCCCGGAGCCUCUGGCGCGCGUUCUGGAGCCGGUGAGUGUGCGCCACCUGGACUGCGAUGCAAUGGGCGGCGUCGCCCCAGGGGCGGCUAGGCGCCUGGCCCGCCACGGCAGCACCGGCGGUGGCGACCCUGGCGUCGUGGGGCCGCUCGUCUGGCAGCUGCACUGCCGCCAGCUGCAGCAGCAACAGCAGCAGCAGCACGGGGGCACAGAAGAAAAUACAGAUACAGAAGAAAUUCCUGAAGAAAUAACACAGCCAGAGACAACAGGUUCAAAUGUAGGUCAUAUGAGGCGUCGUUUCCAUGAGCUGUUGGAUGAUGCUUUUAGCCUCUUUGGAAGUCGCAGUGAAAGUCCUGGACUGGAAGAUGGAACCAGCAGCCCUCCUAUGUUGCACAGAGUCCAUUCAGCAAUUGUCAGGCCAGUGGGUGGGCCACCGGGUGUAUCUGCGCAGCGGCCACACACCACGGAGCUUCGACGACCUGCAACAGCAUCUACACCUCUAACUGCAGCAGCCAGGCCACGUGGAGCUUGGGGAACAGUGGAACACUCUCCACUCUCAAGUGCAGGUCGUUCAAGGCCAUUAAGUGCUGGUCCUUUCCACCGUCCACGUUUACCAACUGCUCCAGAGGUGGACUGUGCUCUAGUACUCUGUGAUUCUCGGCUUGCACCCUCUGAUCCUGCUGUACCUCUCAUUGCUGCCAUAAAGGAGGAGCUGCAGAAGUUUUCUGACAGUGCACAGCCACCUGUUACUCUUCCUGGAAGCACUUCAUCUAAAACGUAACCCAAGGAUCCUAGUACAGGAUACAUAGUCAAAGAGCAAAGAAUUUCAUGGUUGUAUUUCUCCAUGAGCCUGUUGCUACAGCUGAAAUUAUGUUACAUUUGUUGGACAUAUGAACUAACAUAAUUUAAAUACCACUUGAUGGGAAUGACAUAUGCUAGCCAAAUACAGAGACAUGGAUUUCUUACAUGAACUCAGUUGACCCAUCUAAAAUAAUUUUACAGCAUGAAUAUUGCAGAGUAAAGUGAGAAGAUGGUAUGUUUAUAAAUAUGGUAUAUAACUGAAGCACACUUAUUAAUUUCAUCCCACAUAUCAGAUUUGAUAGGUAAACUUGAAAGGCCUUACAAUUUAAACACCCUCAGAUGCUGCAGUAAUGCAGGCAGUUGCCAAAUGUAAACAGAUAAAUCUUGUAUAUUGUUCUGACUUACAUUAGUUAGUUUCCAUGUAGCUAGUACAUUAUUAUCAUGUCUCUUCAAAUGUUUAGUAAUGUUGAUGAUCUUGCUUUCAUAGACAAAGAGGCAUAUUAGGUUUUUAAGGUACAGUUGGUAUGGAACUGUUGUUCAAGAUAUGGUAUAAAAUAUGGACCAAAAGUAAAUUAUGACAAAAUAAAGGAUAAGGUGCAAAAAUUAUUUUAUAUGAUUCCAUAAAUGUCCUUUUUUUCACUUUUUGCCAUAGACCCCCCUCACACUUCUUACUUAAUAACCCCGGUUCACAGGAUUCACAAGUAAAGGAAUAUGCUUUAUUUCACAUAUUUUUACAAUUCUUCAGAAUUUACAAAUAAUGUAAGUAAUGGAAAGUAAUUUUUGUUAGACAAGUUAACAGUUAGUGCACUGUUACAUUUAGAGUCAGCCAAGCAACAGAGGACAAGAUUUUUUUGUAUGUUUCAGCAGAAAUACAAGACUGUGUCUUGCCAUGAAGCAAAACAAUUGCACCAAACUUUCAGACAUGCUAUCUGUUGUACU